GUGAUCGUCAUAUCAUGUGGAAGGAGAGCGUGCGAAGCAGAUGGAAUUGCUUGGACUCUUGUUGUAUGAUGUGCAUCCACCUCGUCGACCAUAGUAAUGGUUGGUGAAAGCACGCAUUCACGAUUACGGAAGCCUGGACGCACAGUGAAAGGUCACUGCACGGCUAUAUCAGAUAUGUCCAGCCUAUUGUUGACCUUCCAUUACCUUUGUAGUCCACUCCCAAUCCACCUACAAGUGCACUCACUGGUUCAUGAUCCCUCUCUCAGCCCUACACUCACCCGAUCCCAGAAUGUCAGACACCACGGUCGAACAAUGGAUCUACAACCUCACACGCCAAUACUCGUUCCCCAUCCGCCCUUGGGAUUUUGACCCUUCUGAUCCUUAUGCCAAGGCAAUAGAUACGUUCCAAUCUUUCACCAGUAGGAUUGUCGCAGCUCUCCGACAUGACGACGUUCGGAGUUGGUCUCUCGUCCAAGACGGAAAGCUGAACAAGAUCUACGACGACCUGCCAUGCUUCAAUACUUGCACCGAGUACAUGAAAUUUCGGGGUUGGGUGAAAGAUGCAACUUUUAAGCACCCCCAGCGACGUACACCCAAGCAGCACCAGUGGCUCUGUAUCGUUGAUUUGCAGGAGUCUGAGCCGACAUAUGAUAUCGAAGCCACAGUAAUCCAAGCAGCAGAUUACCUUUCGACCUGGAAGAAACGCGCAUAUGCCAUCGAGAACCUCAUGAUAGACUGGCCCACACAGUAUUUCUUCCGCAGCAAGCAUGCCAUAAAGGAUGCCGAGGAGGAUGGUACUGACUUCGGUGACUCGUGUUGGAUCUGCGCAAAUGACUUCGACGCAGAUCUCCAUCUACCACAGCGAGGCCCUUGUGGUCACUAUCAAUGCCGGCGGUGUUUCCAGAAGGCCCUAGAGCAUGCUGCUGCGGAGUACACUUGCGCGUUCUGUCGUGCCUGUCUGAUCUGCGGUACGAAUUCUUGUAAGAACCAUAUCAUCCCUCGCGAAGAGGCGCCUCCACAUCCACUCAACGAUCUCCUGCGGUGGGAGCACUUUGUCUGCCCAGUAGGUCGAUGCACAGCGAUAGAGCCGCUUUGUGGUUUCUCACCAAAGCGAUACUGGAGCCUGCGAGAACAGUCCAGGAAAAAUCGCGUCAGAUUGACGAAGAUAUACUGGUACCUCAAACAAGAUCUUACUCCGGAGCAUCGGGCUCAUGUGGGGGAAGAACUAGAUCACCUCUACAAUGGAAUUCUGAAGGCUCAAGUCGAGCAAGCAUGGGCGCUUCAGAUGGAGGAUGAGGAGACAGAGCGGCGAGCGACGUUGCGGGAAGCGGUUCCUUUGCUUGAGACUUCAUAACCCUUGCGCUUGUUUUUG